AGGAUCUCGCGCGGCGUAACUAGUCGACCGAGUCGCACCCGAUCGCAAGCGGCAGCCGCGACUGAGCUCGCUAGUUUUCGCGAAAAAAUCGAGAAAAGUCGGCUAAAACGCGCGGAGGCGCGGGAUCGCGUCGACGAUCACGCGCGCGCGGCUGCUGCACGACGCUCCGCGCGCUCUGAUUUAUUGCCGAAAAAACGCCUCGGCCGUGCCUCCUCGAUAGAUUCUUUCGAUUCACUCCGGCUGCGUCGGACUGGCGCUGCGUAAAGAGAGAAAGAAAAGGAGAACGACCGCCGCUCGCUGCGAGCGCCUAGGACAAUCAGAAGGGAGCACCAAGGCUAGACGGAAAAUUAAGAUACGCCGAGGAUAAAGGUGAAACAAUCAGAAGCGGGCUGAAAAAUGCGCAAGAGUUAUCGGGGCAUUGUUCGACCUAGAGGGGAGGUGAUGAAAAAAUGGCAAAGGUGUCGUUAGCGACGAGCGGGACAAGUCUGAGAAGACAAUACGGGCAGGCGCAGGCUGGGCUUCUGGCGCGAGUCGCGGGAACGCGCGCGACAGGUGACUCGUCGCGAGGGGGUGAAUUGAGAAUUGCGUUCGCGUGCACUCGCAUCCCGAUGCUCGCGCGAGUUUGCGCGGGUCAGCUAUAAUGAGUUCCGCGCCUGUCGGCGCCAUAUACGGCGUGCGAUUCGAACGUUCCGUGCCGCGGAUAACAUCUCGCAGCGUCAACUCGCCAGCACACCUGAUCCGCUCCGUCCCGUUGUUUGCGAUGUGUCAUCGAUUCGUCGCCUAGACAAAGCGCCUCUGUCGCGCUCGCAACGACGCGUACACCCGAGCAUCUCCAGCUGGUGCGUUACUGCUCGCGCGACUUUCCUCGUUCACUUGCAACUCGCCGGAAUCUGCACGCUCUCCGCUGCGAAAGGAUAUCUGCUUGAAAAUGCUAAUCCGCGGCUUGUGCAAACGAGCGACGAGCACUGCAGGUGAGAUGCAGGCUGGAGUCGUGAUUCGAAAAUGGAAUAGACACGUGCGGGGCAGGCGGAGAACGCGAAUAUGUGUAGAUGCAUAUCGGGCAUGGGAGCAGAGCCGAUCAACCGAUCCUUCUCGUGCGCGCGCUCAGAGUUCAAAGGAUAGAGGGGAUGGCAUGCCCCCGCGACUGUCUCCGCCGAGGGAGCAGUGCGACCCGCUAGGUAUAUAUAGCGAGGCCUCCCCGACGACAGCCGAGUGCCGAGUGUCGCGCGCGGUCGACGAGUUCCACCCGAAGCCGCACGAUGGGCCGGAUCGGCAAGCUGCAGCUGCUGCUAGUGGCGAGCGCGCUGGCGCUGGGUUGCGCCGAGAGGCUGAGCGCCGGGCAGAGGGCCUCGCCCGGGGCCGGCACCUCGGCGGACGCGCGCUCGCUGGCGCCACCGCUGGACCGGCUGCUCGCCGGGCUGCGCGUCCGACCCUCGGGCCAGACUCCGGCCGACACGAGCCUGCUGCCGCCGGCGGACUCGCAGGCGCGCCGCGCCAGCCGGCCGCCGGCGCACGUCUCGCUGAUCGGCCCGGCGGGUGCGGCCCAGCCAGGGCCCGCCGCGGCCGGCGCCGGCGCCGCCCGGCCCCCGGACGGCGUGCGGCGCGAGGAGAGCGCCUCCUUCAAGGACGUCAACGGCGAGAGCGUGCGGGUGGUCGUCGGCAACUUCGGCUACGACAGCCCCGAGGGCCUGCCCGUCUCCUUCAAAUACAUGGCCGACGAGAACGGCAAUCAGGCGAGCUUUUCCAUCGGCGCGCCGGGUGCCGGGGGCGGACCAUCCUCGAGGCCCGCGGGAGCUGCCGCCGCCGCUGGUUCCAGGGGCUCCGCCGCCGGGCAAGGCCCGGGCAAGGCCGCCGCUGGAGCAACCAAAGCCACGGGCGCAACAGGUGGGGAUGGCGACCGAAAGUACUUGCCUCCCAAAUAACCAACUGUCAUUAUGUCUAUUAUCUCCAUUUGUACUUUGACAAUAAAUGGCUUUCGCUGAACAAACGUGCGGUCAGUAGUUCGACCGGGUCUGCUUUUAUUUGGUCAUGUCAUAUGCACACAUUCGAUAAGGACGAAAGUAGUACAGCCGAGGAUCCUCGAUACGUUGUAUAACCGUGUGCGUUCAACAACAAAGGUAUGCGAUAAUGCUCCUCGGGGCUGUUGAUAUCGAAAACUAUUUCAAUGUACGGGUACACGGUCUUUUCGCCCAGACGACUGUAAUAGCUUCUCCUUUCAAACAGCAACUUUUAAGUGCGCACGGUCAUCGCUUCGCUACUCGAGCGAAAAUCGGCUCAUCUUCCAUUCGCUAUACUUCUCCUGCUAAAUUAUAACUUUCGAUUUAAACUAUUUGCAAACUACUGUGGUUAUCAAAUAGCGAUCUUCAAAACAUGUCGUUGUGCUACCAAACAAGAUACGUUGAAAAUACUCUUACCGAUAUUACGUAACAACAUUUCUGAGGCAUUACUGCUACAGACAAU